AUGGGUAAGCCCCACGGUCUUCGCACUGGUCGUAAGUUGCGCCUCGUGCGCCGUAUCAACAACUGGGCGGACAAGGGAUACAAACGCGCACAUUUGGGCAAGGAAUGGGCCAAGCCCUUUGCCGGAUGCUCCCACGCGAAGGGAAUCGUUCUCGAGAAGAUUGGUAUCGAGUCCAAGCAGCCUAACUCUGCCGUUCGUAAGUGCGUUCGUGUGCAGCUCAUCAAGAACGGUAAGAAGAUUGCCGCCUUCGUUCCCAACGAUGGUUGCUUGAACUUCAUCGACGAGAACGACGAGGUUCUCGUUGCCGGGUUCGGUCGCAGUGGACACGCUAAGGGAGAUAUUCCCGGUGUUCGUUUCAAGAUUGUGAAGGUGUCUGGUGUUGCACUUCUUGCGUUGUUCAAGGAGAAGAAGGAGAAGCCUCGUUCUUAA